AUGCGCCCACCUGCUGAGGGCAUGCUGGCAGGAGCCCGCAGAGGAGGUUUAGGCUGGGGAGCUCGAUUUAGGGAAGAAACUUCUCAAAGGGACACCCUGAGCAGCAGAGAGCAGGUGGCCCCAGACUUCCAGGCACUGGAGAAGAUCUUCCACUCCUCCAUCCAGGAAGUCCUGGCCCGGGCCCUAGGGCAGUCCCGUAGGCCGGUGGGGUUUUCUAAGCCAGAGCAAGGGCAGAGAAACGUUUCGGGGAAUCCAGAAAGUCUGACCCCACGAACCCCUUCCAACGCACCCACCCCCGCCUCCCUCAACCCGAGGCUGACCUACAACGAAAUAAAUCCUCGGACAGCGAAUCAGGGGGAGGAGGCAGGCCCCAGCGGUCCAGGCCUGGCCCUGGCUGCCCCUUCUGGGGAAACCCUAGCGGAGGCCGCUGGCUAUCGCGAUAUACUACGAUCUCCCGGCCUCCUCCUCCUCCUGGCUCUUCCUUUCGGAGUAUCCACCCCACUGGGCCAGGGCCGGGUGAAUCAACUUGGCGGGGUCUUCAUCAACGGCAGGCCCCUACCCAACCACAUUCGUCACAAGAUCGUGGAAAUGGCCCACCACGGCAUCCGACCCUGCGUCAUCUCUCGCCAGCUCCGCGUCUCCCACGGCUGUGUUUCCAAAAUCCUAUGCCGCUACCAGGAGACUGGCUCCAUCCGGCCUGGGGCCAUCGGGGGCAGCAAACCCAGGGUUGGCUAUUUCCUCCUGGGACCUGGAGGGAAUAACCCAACAUUUAUCUUCUCCCUGGUCUUGGCCAGGUUUAUAUUGAAAGUGAUUUCUCUCCUCCCCCCUUUCCUUUGCUACUCUUUUCCCCUGUCCUACUCCCACAUUCCCUCACUAAAGCAGGUAGCCACUCCAGACGUGGAAAAGAAAAUAGAGGAAUACAAAAGAGAAAACCCCGGGAUGUUCAGCUGGGAAAUCCGGGAUCGGUUGCUCAAGGAUGGACACUGUGAUCGCAGCACGGUUCCCUCAGUGAGUUCGAUUAGCCGUGUGCUCAGAAUCAAAUUCGGGAAGAAAGAGGAAGAGGAUGAGUGCGACAAGAAAGAGGAGGACGGGGAGAAGAAGGCGAAACACAGCAUCGACGGCAUCCUGGGCGACAAAGGAAACCGGCUGGAUGAAGGCUCUGACGUGGAGUCUGAACCUGACCUCCCCCUGAAGCGGAAGCAGCGCCGCAGCCGGACCACCUUCACGGCCGAGCAGCUGGAGGAGCUGGAGAAGGCUUUUGAGAGAACCCACUACCCCGAUAUCUACACCCGAGAGGAGCUGGCCCAGAGGACCAAGCUGACAGAGGCCCGGGUCCAAGUGUGGUUCAGUAACCGUAGGGCACGGUGGCGCAAGCAGGCAGGUGCCAAUCAACUUGCAGCAUUUAACCACCUUCUCCCUGGAGGCUUCCCACCCACGGGCAUGCCCACGAUCCCACCGUAUCAACUGCCGGACUCCACCUACUCCAGUACCACCAUUUCCCAAGAUGGAGGAAGCACCGUACACAGGCCCCAGCCCCUCCCACCGUCCACCAUGCACCAGGGGGGUCUUGCUGCAGCCGCCGCUGCCGCGGACACCAGCUCUGCCUAUGGGGCCCGCCACAGCUUCUCCAGCUAUUCUGACAGCUUCAUGAACCCAGCGGCCCCCACUAACCACAUGAAUGCUGUCAGCAGUGGACUGUCUCCCCAGGUAUGUACCAUCAUUCCUAUGUCGCAGUACCUGGCCUGA